AUGGUACUGGCACUUAGUGAGUUAUGUAUUGCAAUUUACUUCUAUUAUGCUUCCGUUAACUCAAAUGCAUUGUUGCCACCACUACAUCCUCCUCCAAGAUCUUCUAAUGCUUCUACAGAAGUUAGUUCAGUUGGAAAAGUACCAACUACAGAUGAAGCUCCAUCUGCACCAGCUGCCAAUGUUUCCGAUGCUGGUACCAUCACUGGCACUGCACCAGCUUCUAAGAAGCGGAAGAAAACUUCAUGGGUAUGGGAUCAUGUUGAUCUGGACCCUCCUCCUUCGAUAAUGGAUUCUGGUCAGUCGACUCUUUCUUUUGAACCUGCUAGGCUGGGAGAAGAUGAAAAGUUAGUUUUUGUAACUUUUUGUCAGGAUUCGUGUAGAAAAGCAUUGAUUAUAUUCAUCAUAGUGGAUGAGCAGCCUUUUAGAAUAGUUGAGGGGGAAGGUUUCCGAGAAUUUUGCAGGGUACUUAAGAGUAGAUUCAAGAUACCAUCUCGUAUCACUGUACGGAGAAAUGUUAUGGAAUUGUUUGAGUACGAGAAAGAGAGAUUGAAGAAUUAUUUCAAGGUUAAUAAAGUCAGAGUUUGCCUCACCACUGACACAUGGAGAUCACUUCAGAAGUUGGGAUAUAUGGUUAUUACAGCACAUUGGAUAGAUGCUAACUGGAAGUUGCACAAGAAGAUCAUUAGUUUCAUCCAAAUUGUAGGUCAUAGCGGUGAGACUAUUGGUAGGAUGAUAGGAACAUGCUUGUUAGAUUGGGAGAUCGAAAAUGUGUUUACUAUAACUUUAGAUAACGUUUUUGCCAACGAUGUAGCUAUAACAUAUCUGCAAAACCAAGUGCUCAGAAAGAAUUCAGAUUUAGUGAAAGGUUUCUUACAAGUGAGAUGCGCUGCUCAUGUCCUUGCCCUUGUUGUAAAGCAUGGAAUGAAGGAGUAUGACAUCUCAAUUAAGAGAAUAAGGGCAGUAGUGAAGUAUUGUAUGGGUUCUCCUGCAAGAUUGAAAAUAUUUAUGGAUUGUGUCGCUUACGAGAAGAUUGAAUGCAAGAAGGGUUUGGUCCUAGAUGUAGACACCCGUUGGAAUUCGACAUUUAUUAUGUUAGACUCAGCUGAGAAGUAUCAGCCAGCUUUUGAGAGGUUAGAGUAUGAGGACAAGGCAUUCAAGAAGAAGUUCUGUUUUGUUGAAAGUAAAAUUCCUUUAGUUUCUUCUACUUCUAGUACUUCCACCGUUGAUAACCAACCUGACUGGGAUGUGGAUGAAAACCAAGAUGCAGACUUAAGUUCUGAUGAAGAAGUUAUUGCUACUGCAAAGAGAGGAAAGAAACGCAAGAGAACAAGUUCUGAUAAGGCCCCAUCAACACCUCCUUUGCACGCGCCAUACCCAUCAGAUUGGCCGUAUGCUAGAGCCUUCGCGAAGUUUUUGAAGGUAUUUUUUGAUUUUACUGUCAAGUUCUCCGCUUCUACUCAUGUUACUGCACACGAAUUCUUGUUUCAUGUGAGUGUUAUUCAUCGAACUUUAAACACAUGGUCAAAUCACAAAGAUACAUUUCUUUCUAGCAUGGGUCUUAAAAUGCAAAGUAAAUAUAACGAGUAUUGGGGACGUUAUGAAAAGAUGAACAAUCUUAUGUUUAUUGUUGUAUUAUUGAAUCCACAAGAUAAAGAAUUAGGAUUGAAGUUUCUUCUUGGCCAGUUAGGAAUUGGUGGUGGUUAUUUGAGAACAUAA